AUGGGGAAACGAAUCAAGCUCCGUCGCUGUGCUUCCCUGUGAGAUGUUUCGUUUUAUUAUUUUUUAUUUAAUUUUUUUAUACAAGCAUCGAAGCCUCGGUGGCGAACGUCACAUAACUAGUGUGUUUGGCGUUGCGAUAGACGGAGUGAAGACUGUGUCAGAAAUGGAGGGAGAUUUCAACAACAAGCUACCAUCUCCUGAAAUUAUCAGAGAUUCUCCAUCAUGUGCUUCAUUAAGUUCAUCUGGCUCUAAAUGUGGGGUGGUGUGUUCAGUGAUGAAUGUGGCACGGGGGACUCUGUCCUGGUAUAACGGAAGCAAUUUAGUCUCCUCCAUCAGUGUGUCUGAUCUCAAUUGGAGGCUGUAUAUGGAUGUGGAAUAUCCGUAUAAACACAACUACAACUGUAUACUGUCCAAUUCACACACCAACCGGACUACAUCUCUCAGCACUGAUCUGUGUCUGGCAUGUUUGGAUAACGGGACAGCUGCGACACCAGUGAGGGAAGGAGAUUCGGUCACUUUACACACUACUCUUACAGAACUACUGAUAAAUUAUAUCAUACGGUGGAUUUUUGGACCUUCACACACUGUCAUUGCUGAAAUCAAGAAAAAUAUUGACGUAUUCUCUAAAUAUGACUGUAAGAAUGAGAGAUUCACUGACAGGCUGAUGCUGGAUGACAAGACAGGAGAUCUCACCAUCAUUAACAUGACCAAAAAUGAUACUGGAAUGUAUUACCUAGAAGUUACUACAUUAUCCCAAUGCUACCAAUUGAGUUUCAAUGUUACAGUCUAUGAUCGUCUGCCGAUCCCUGUCAUCACCAAUGACUCUUCUCAAUGUCCUUCAUCAUCUGAAAGUUCAUCUAAAUGUGUUUUGGGGUGUUCAGUGGUGAAUGUGACACAGAUUGUGACUCUCUCCUGGUACAAAGGAAACAGUUUACAGUCGUCCAAAAGCAGCUCUGAUCUGAACAGAACAGUCUCUCUGUGUCUGAUGGUGAACUUCCGAGAUAAAAGCAACUACAGCUGUGUGAUCAACAACUCAUUUGCCAACCAGACUACAUAUCUCAACAUUGAUGAACUCUGUCCAUAUCAGAGUGCGCAGAAUAUUGUUGGUGAGGCACUUGGUGGGAUUUUGGGUGUACUUGUAAUUUUAGCAGGGAUAUAUAUGUGCCAUAAACAUCAAAAGAGAACCAAUGCCGAGGGAAGUCAAGUUGCGGCCAGAGCAAGUUUUACAUCAGUGGGUGCUGUAAAAAAUAUAAUUGAGACAGUGACAGUGAUGCAGGGAGAGCCUGUGUUUCUGCAGAGUGGUGUUACUGCAUUACAGGAGGAUAAUCAUGUGAUCUGGUGGUUUGACGGACAAGACAUUGCUGAGAUCCUCGACAACACCGUGAAAUUUAAUCAUGGUGAUGAUGAGAGAUUUAAUAACAGACUGCAGCUGGACAAACAGACUGGAUCUCUGUCCAUCGAAAACAUCAGAGUCACAAACGCUGGACGAUAUACACUGCAAAUCAUCAGACCUGAAAAUGAAACACCUUUAAUCUUUGUUCAAAGGAUUUUCUGUGUCCAUGUGUACGCUCCUCUGCCCAUUCCUACCAUAACCAGUACCUCCUCACGGUGCACUUCAGUAUUGAACAAUUCAGCAAGUCCAAAAUGUUCCUUGCUGUGUUCAGUGGUGAAUAUGACACAGGUGACUCUCUCCUGGUACAAAAGAAACAGUUUAUUCUCCUCCACCAAUGUUUCUGUGCUCAGCAGGAGUUUCUUUGAUGAGUGGACGUGUCUGUCUCUUUCCUCCUUCCGUGCGGUGAACAAUCCAAUCACCCACCAGUCUAACCGUCUCCAUAUUACUGAUCUCUGUCAGCUGUGUCCAGUGGUGAAUGUGACACCGGCGACUCUCUCCUGGUACAAAGGAAACCGUUUAUUGUCCUCCAUCAGUGUGUCUGAUCUCAACAGCAGUCUCUCUCUACCUCUGGAGGUGGAAUAUCAGGACAACAACAUCUACAGCUGUGUGAUCAACAAUCCCAUCAGUAGCCAGACUAAACGUCUCAACAUUACUGAAGUCUGUCAGCCAUGUCCAGUAUCCAGACGACUUCUCUAUCUUUUAGCACUGAUACCAGUUGUUCUGGCAAUCAUAGGUGGGAUAUGUUUCUGCAGGAUUCGUGGAAAAGAAAGACCAGAGGGAGGCUGUUUCAGAAGAACACACAGUGUACUCAAGUAUUGUAAUGUGAAUCGGGGACCAGUCCAAUAGUCUACUGUCCAGAUUAGAUUGAUCUUUCACUAAGGGUCAUGCAACAAUAUUCACGAGACACUUCUGCUGUUCCCGAUUGUCUGGUUGAGCUGCUCUACAGAAUCUGUCCAAGCUUGAGAUCAACAACAGGAUCAUUAUAGCAUAAUCAUAAUAACUGCCAGCAACGCCAAGCUGAUAUCUUGUCUAAACUUGUAUUCUAUCAUUCUUGGAACAGAUCCUGGUAUUAAUGUUUUGGUAUUGCUACCCUAAAGUUCAGAGUUUCACUGUCAUCUGUAGCAGCAAAGUACAAGUUCAAAGUCUUGUCUAUUUAGAUUCUCUGUAAGAGUAAAGAAAAUGUUUAAAAACUGUAUAUUUUAACAUUUAUGUUUACAUAUUUUAUAUAGUGCUAUAUUUAUUACCAACACGAAAUGCAACAAAAGCCCUGAUAGUUCUUGUUGUUGAGUUUUUCUCUCUUGCUUCAAUAUUAUUCAAUAUUAUUGUAUAUUUUAGCUCUAUUGUUGUAUGUAACCUUCUCUUUACAUUCCUGGUUGCAUGCUACAUUAUAGAGAUGCAAA